GACAGCACAACAUCCUUGGGGGACAGGCGAAGCAAGGGUGUUUAAAGUGAAACAGUGAAACGGUGGAGAGAUGUCUUUUGCUUUAUCGCGCUGUCUCUGCAGGGUGUUGUCCCGACAGACCGUUCCGUCAAGCUUCCUGUUGGGAGAACAUCAUCAUGCUGUACAGAGUCCCUGGUUCGCACCAGUGAGGACACUGAAGACAUCUGCUUCACUGAGAGCAGAGCCCAAGAAGAAGAAAAAAGUGGACCCAAGAAGGGAGCAGAUGUUGAAGGAGAGGAUGAGAAAAAAGCUGAAGAAGCUGGAGAAGGUCGCGCCUGAGUUUAUCCCCAUAGAGGACCUCAUCACUCCGGCCAAAUGCUUGGAUGAAACAAGGGAACGCUCUGCACCCAGGCUGUCAUUUGAAGAAAGCGAGGGUCGUGCCCUGCUGCUGAAGGAGUGGUGUCGAUACAAACAGGAGCAGCACAUGGCUGAAGUUCAGGCUGUUGAGCUUUCUCUAGAAGCACAGAGGGAGGCGCUGGAGGAGCUGAAGUUGGAGUCUGAGGAGCUGUACCAGGCGGCGCUGAAGCCAGACCCCCUUCUGUUUCCCUUCACUCACGACGGUCCUGUCUACACGCCGCCGAAGAGCAAAUAUGAAGCUCCAGAUGGGAAAUACAACAACAUUACUAAAGUUUACACACAGUGAUGGACAAGGGAGGGCUGUGGGUGCAGCCUGUGUGUAUUUAGUGUCCUUGUUUUUACAUGAUUUAUUAAGCCAACAUGCAGCCUUCAUGUGAAUGUUUUUUUUUUUUCCUUUCUUGAAUUGGUCACCUCAGUUGAUUCAUGUCUAUCAAAUGCAACAGCAUGCAUGGUGUUCUUUUUCCUCCACAUUAAAGUCUCUGUAUAAAACAUAAUGGAAGAAACAGGAAAUAAAACCACUUUUUAUUGAUCAAA